CAGAGCAACCAUGGAGGUGAUGAACAUGAUGGAGCAGCCGAUCAAGGUGACGGAGUGGCAGCAAACCUACCCCUAUGACUCGGGCAUCCACUCCGGUGUCAACACCCAGGUGCCCUCUGUCAGCAGCAAGUGCCUCGGGGACGAUGACGAGGUCUACGGAAAGCAGUACACCAUCAAGAAGACGACCACCACGAGCUACUGCCAGGGAGGGAGCCAGGGCCAAAGCCAAGCGCAAGCAGACAUGGAGGCUCAGCUGGCCAUGACCCGGGCCCAGCGUGUCCGGGCCGCCAUGUACCCUGAGACGGUGGAGGACCGCUCCCUGCUGAUCACCACCCAGCUGGAGGGGCAGCAGACUAACGUGCAGCGCCUGGCAGAGCCCUCGCAGAUGCUGAAAUCGGCCAUCGUGCACCUCAUCAACUACCAGGAUGAUGCCGAGCUGGCCACCCGCGCCAUCCCGGAGCUCACCAAACUGCUCAAUGAUGAGGACCCGGUGGUUGUCAGCAAAGCAGCCAUGAUCGUCAACCAGCUCUCCAAGAAGGAGGCGUCGCGCCGUGCUCUGAUGCAGUCGCCCCAGAUCGUGGCGGCUGUGGUCCGCACUAUGCAGAGCACCAGCGACCUGGACACGGCCCGCUGCACCACCAGCAUCCUGCACAACCUCUCGCACCACCGCGAGGGCCUGCUCUCCAUCUUCAAGUCUGGCGGCAUCCCGGCCCUCGUCAGGAUGCUGAGCUCGCCAGUCGAGUCGGUCCUCUUCUACGCCAUCCACACCCUGCACACACUACAGAAGCCCGGGAGCACAGGGGUGGGAGCUCUCGCUGUCUCGGCCCGUGUGCCCCCCAGCCACAGCCAGCAGCAGAGCAGUUGUGCUGUCUGCAGCACUGCCGCAUCUGACCUCUCGCAGCUGAUUAUUUUGGCCAACGGAGGACCCCAGGCCCUGGUGCAGAUCAUGCGCAGCUACAACUAUGAGAAGCUGCUCUGGACCACGAGCCGGGUGCUCAAGGUGCUGUCGGUGUGUCCCAGCAACAAGCCUGCUAUCGUUGAGGCUGGCGGCAUGCAGGCAUUGGGCAAGCACCUGACCAGCUCCAGCCCCAGGCUGGUCCAGAACUGUCUCUGGACCCUGCGAAACCUCUCUGAUGUGGCUACCAAACAGGAGGGCCUGGAUGGCGUCCUCAAGAUCCUGGUGAACCAGCUGAGUUCCGACGAUGUGAACGUGCUAACCUGUGCCACCGGCACCCUCUCCAACCUGACCUGCAACAACAGCAAGAACAAGACCCUGGUGACACAGUCAAAUGGGGUGGAGGCCCUGAUCCACACCAUCCUGCGGGCAGGUGACAAGGAGGACAUCACCGAGCCGGCCGUCUGCGCUCUCCGGCACCUCACCAGCCGGCACCCUGAGGCCGAGAUGGCUCAGAACUCCGUGCGGCUCAACUACGGCAUCCCCGCUAUCGUCAAGCUCCUCAACCAGCCCCACCAGUGGCCACUGGUCAAGGAGGACAAGAACCCCGACUACAGGAAGCGUGUCUCCGUGGAGCUCACCAACUCCCUCUUCAAGCACGACCCAGCAGCCUGGGAGGCGGCUCAGAGCAUGAUCCCCAUCAACGAGCCCUACUCAGAUGGUGAGUACAGCGCCAGCUCUUCCUGCGGGGUCUCCCCAUGA